AAAGUUAUGAUUUCCAGCCACGCCCUAUUAUAGUAGAAAUGGCGUCUUUCUUUCAAGGAGGUGGUCGUGUAGUUGCUGUAUUCUUGAGGCGUGGAGCUCAGACUCCAUUGCGUACUCAGUCUAGGAGGUUUAGUCCAAUGGCAUGGUACAACAGUCAGUUGGAAAAGGCGCCUGUCAUUACUAAAAGCAUCACUUCUGGGAUUUUGUUUGGUCUGGGGGAUGUGAUAGGCCAAUUCAUAUUACCGGAGGAAAAUGGAAAGCUCAAUUUUGCUAGAGUUGGAAGGGCUGCUGUGUUUGGUUCAUUAAUAUUGGGACCGUUAGCUCAUUUGCACUUUAAUUUUUUGGAGUACAUGGUUGUCAAAAGGCUUGCACUCACUGGUACCAGAAUGGCUUUCCUUAAGAUGUUUUUUGAUCAAUUUACUUACUGGGCAAUCAGCAUCAAUACCAUAUAUCUAUUCACUUUACCUAAACUAGAGGGUAAGACGAAUGAUCAAGCCAUGGACAAUGUGAGAGCAAGGAUAUGGCCAACAAUGAAGGCCAACUGGUGCCUUUGGCCCAUUGCACAGUUGAUUAAUUUCAAGCUCAUACCAGUUGCUCAUCAAUUGAACUUUGUACUUAUCGUGAGUUUGGGCUGGGCUUCAUACUUGAGUUUUGCUGGAGGUAAAAUGCAAAAGGAAUAGCUGGUUGCAAACCGGCAUCAAUAACUUUAUUAAUUUUUGUGAUUUUGCUACAAUUUAUUAAUUUUAAUUACUAUGAACAAUGAUAUCA